UCCUCCCUCAUCAGGAGGCGGGGCAAGCAGGGCCCGGAGACUGGUAAGAUUGGCUGCCUGUGGAGGCUCGGUGGUCCAGCUUCCACUGUCACGUGGUGUGCGCUGUUUUCGUAUCACGUGGCUGCGCCCAGGCCACUCUGCUCCUGUCGUUUCUUUGGAUGCCAGCGCUGCUGCCUGUGGCCUCCCGCCUUCUGUUGCUACCCCGAGCCCUGCUCUCCAUGGCCUCUGGAAGCCCCCCUUCCCAGCCCUCGCCGGCUCCGGGCUCCGGUUACGUCCCUGGCUCGGUCUCAGCGGCCUUUGUCACCUGUCCCAACGAGAAGGUCGCCAAGGAGAUCGCCAGGGCUGUGGUGGAGAAGCGCCUAGCAGCCUGUGUCAAUCUCAUCCCUCAGAUUACAUCCAUUUAUGAGUGGAAAGGAAAGAUUGAGGAGGACAGUGAAGUGCUAAUGAUGAUUAAAACCCAAAGUUCCUUGGUUCCAGCUUUGACAGAUUUUGUUCGUUCUGUGCACCCUUAUGAAGUUGCAGAGGUGAUUGCAUUGCCUGUGGAGCAGGGGAACUCCCCAUAUCUGCAUUGGGUGCGCCAGGUCACAGAGUCCGUUUCUGACUCCAGCACUGUCCUACCGUGAGCAGCCCUGUCCCCACCAUGAUCCCCUCAUAUACAUCAGUGACACCUGACUGCCAGGUGAUGACUGGGUCCCCAAUAAAUCCUAUCUUUGGUUCUCUUUGC